AUGCCUGUGCGGUCCAUUCCUCGUACGCGCUCCUUGGAGUGCCCACCAGGCUUCGCACCAGCCAAGCGAGUGAGCCGUCCGGGCAAGAGGCGCACGAGACUGGCUGCUGCUGCCGUGGUGAGCAGAGCGAGCAAGCGAACUCCCAAGACGUUUGCAGAGCUGCUAGAAGAGGCGAAUCUAGAGACCCUGCCACCAGGCACGCCCUCCUACCUCACAGCAGCAGUGGGCCCUCCAACAGCCGCCUCAAAGACUGCCAUAUCGAACUCUAUCAUGGGCGCGCUUCGUCAUCGCUUUCUGCUCGCGCUCGUCCUCGUGGCGUCUCUAAACUUCCUCGCGGUUUUCGCGGCGCAGCCUCCGCCGGAUGGGUACUACGGCGCGAGUGAGCCGGCGCUGGAAGAAGCAUACGACCAGCGCGCGCUCCUGGAGGCCGAAAGCGAUGCCUCGCUUGACUCCCUUGACUCCGUUGACUUGGAGGACUCGCGGGUGCUUCUCUCGAUGGGGGAUGCAGCGGCGGACUUGAAGCAGACGUCGGACGACCUCAGCGGUAGCGUGAAGAAAGCUGUCGGGCAGGCGGGGAGGAACGUGCGCAACUCGAUCGGCUCCAUGGUCGGAGUCCCGCCCAACAAGGGCACGAAGAAGCACCACCGCCGCGGCGGGAAGAAAACUGGGCGCCGCGGCGGGAAGAAAACUGGGCGCCGCGGCGGAAAGAAAACUGGGCUGGCGGGAGCUCGUAAGCGCAAAUCGGGCGCGGCAGCCCCCAAGACGUCUGCUGCGGGGGUUCCGAAGAAGCAGGGGGCGGGAGGUAAGCUCAACUCCGGCGCAACCCCCAAGAAGCCCGCUGCUGCCGCUGCUGGCGCGACGGGGGCUCCUAAGAAGCAGGAGGCGGGAGCUAAGGACACCUCGGGCGCAGCACCCGAGUCCCCCGCUGCUCCCGCUGCUGCAAACGAGCCGCGCGCGCUCCUCGAGGCGGCCGACAGUGAUGCCGUGAUUGACUCCGUUGACUCGGUUGACUUCGACUCCGUUGACUUGGAGGACUCGCGGGUGCUUCUCUCGAUGGGGGAUGCAGCGGCGGACUUGAAGCAGACGUCGGACGACCUCAGCGGCAGCGUGAAGAAAGCUGUCGGGCAGGCGGGGAGGAACGUGCGCAACUCGAUCGGCUCCAUGGUCGGAGUCCCGCCCAACAAGGGCAAGAAGAAGCACCACCGCCGCGGAGGGAAGAAAGCUGGGCGCCGCGGCGGGAAGAAAACUGGCCCCGCGGGAGCUCGUAAGCGCAACUCGGGCGCAGCAGCCCUGAAGACGGCCGCCGCUCCCGGCGCUGCUGGCGGGAAGGCGGUUUCGAAGAAUCAGGCGGGAGGUAAGCUCAACUCCGGCGCGCAUGCGCUGGGAGCAAAGGGCACCUCGGGCACAGCCCCCAAGCCCACCGCUGCCAGCAGUGCUGCCAGCAGUGCUGCACCCAGCAUUUGA